ACAUAUUCCAAUCCUAAAAAGCCCUAUAAACUAGAUCCCAUUCUCCUCCAAAACCCUAGAACGCCACUCUCCUCCACAGCCAGCACCAGAGAAAUGGCUCCAAAAGCUGAUGCUACGAAGAAAUCUGAUGCAAAGGCUCAGGCCUUGAAGGCAGCCAAGGCUGUAAAAUCACCUGGCGCCUUCAAGAAAAAGGUCAAGAAGAUGCGCACUAAGGUCACUUUCUACCGGCCUAAAACAUUGACCAAGGAAAGAACUCCCAAGUAUCCUCGCAUCAGCGCUGCCCCUCGCAACAAGCUUGAUCACUACCAGAUCCUCAAAUAUCCCUUGACCACCGAAUCGGCUAUGAAAAAAAUCGAGGACAACAAUACCCUUGUUUUCAUUGUCGAUAUCCGUGCCGACAAGAAGAAGAUCAAGAACGCCGUCAAGAAGAUGUACGACAUUCAAACCAAGAAGGUCAACACACUCAUCAGGCCCGAUGGUACGAAGAAGGCGUAUGUGAGGUUGACGCCAGACUACGAUGCUUUGGAUGUUGCCAACAAAAUCGGAAUCAUCUGAAGAUGUUGCCCUCCUUUAUGUUGCUAUUUGUGCUCUUUGUUUUUAAGACUGGUCAUUCCCAGAAGUUUGUAAAGAUGCGUGAUUACAUUGACUUUGUUACAGUUCUUAGCUAUGUUAUUAGACCUUUGAUCAGAGUCCAAAUUUUGUGCUCUUUGAUUGCUUGCCUUUAAAAUGCAUAAUUUUCAGUCA